CAACCUGAGAAAUUGACCCGAUUCUUCGCUUCUAUUCGCCGUCGUCAGUGCCGCCACCGUCGGUUUUCCCGUUCUCAGUGCUGCUACUAUUGCUGUCUCUAUUUAGAUGGAGAAAAGUGUCUCUUUUCUGUUUGGUGGAACAAACUUCAAUAGGAAGAAGUUUGCUCCAGAUUUUGCUAAGUUUAAGAAUUGCACGGAAGAGGAUGAUGAUUCCAAUAAGAAAUUGAGCUUCUUUGAGGAAGAAGAGGAGCCUGAGAAAAAGAAGAAUAUUGUGUCAUCUAAGAAGAGGAAACGAAAAUCUGCUAAUUCUGAGCCUGUUGAAGGAUUUGAUGUGUUCAAGAGCUCAAAGAAGGCACUUGUUGAAGGUAAAAAAGAAGAACAGAACACAAAGAAUGAGAUUUUAGAGAAUUCCAAGAAGGAACUUAAUCAGCGAAUGGAGAAAGAUGCUUUGUCGAGGAAACAGUACAACAUUCAUGUUUCCGGUAACAAUAUUCCACCCCCACUUAAAAGCUUCGCAGAGUUGUCAUCGAGGUAUGGUUGCAAGCGAUACAUAUUACGCAAUUUGGCUGAACUAGGAUUUAAAGAGCCUACUCCAAUCCAAAGGCAGGCUAUUCCAGUUCUCCUAUCGGGUCGUGAAUGCUUUGCCUGUGCUCCAACAGGGUCAGGAAAAACCUUUGCUUUUAUUUGUCCCAUGCUUAUGAAACUCAAGCGCCCUUCAACAGAUGGUAUAAGAGCAAUCAUCCUCUCUCCUGCACGAGAACUGGCUGCCCAGACAGCUAGAGAAGGAAAAAAACUUAUUAAAGGAAGCAAGUUCCACAUCAGAUUAAUGACUAAACCCCUUGUCAAGACGGCUGAUUUCUCAAAGCUGCCGUGUGAUGUUCUGAUAUCAACGCCCAUGCGGCUGAAAAGAGCUAUCAAAGCUAGAAAGAUUGAUUUAAGCAAGGUCGAGUAUCUUGUCCUUGAUGAAUCUGACAAGCUGUUUGAGCAGAGCUUGUUAAAACAGAUAGAUUGUGUGGUUAAGGCUUGUUCAAACCCUUCAAUCAUACGCUCGCUGUUCAGUGCUACUUUGCCUGAUUUUGUUGAGGAACUUGCACGUUCCAUAAUGCACGAUGCUGUUCGUGUGAUCAUUGGCCGAAAGAACACAGCAUCUGAAACCGUCAAGCAAAAGCUGGUAUUUGCUGGAACUGAAGAAGGGAAACUUAUAGCUCUUCGCCAAAGAUUUGCAGAGAGUCUCAAUCCACCGGUGCUGAUUUUUGUGCAAAGCAAAGAACGAAAGGAACUCUAUGAUGAACUAAAAUGUGAAAACAUCAGAGUCGGGGUCAUCCAUUCCGAUCUCCCUCCAGGAGAGCGGGAAAACGCGGUUGAUAGUUUCAGAGCGGGUGAGACAUGGGUUCUGAUUGCCACUGAUUUGAUCGCUAGAGGUAUGGAUUUCAAAGGCAUCAACUGCGUGAUAAACUAUGACUUUCCGGAUUCUGCAUCUGCAUACAUCCACAGGAUUGGUCGAUCAGGGAGAGCUGGAAGGAACGGUGAAGCUAUAACGCUCUACACGGAGGAAGAUGUACCUUUCCUAAGGAACAUAGCCAACACGAUGACAUCAUCGGGCUGUGAGGUUCCGUCGUGGAUCUUGUCUUUGGAGAAGAAGAAAUGGAAGAAGCAUAGGCCGAAACGUGAUUCUAUAUCCACUCGUCCCAAAGACAGUAAAAACGAUAAAGAAGAGUAACUUCAAAUGAGGUCAAAAAAAAAAAAAAAAGAGUAACUUCAAAUGUUAUUUUCUUUUUUCUUGGUUGCUACCUUGACAUGAAUUUUGUGUUUUAUUAUCUUGAAUUAUGUUUUACAUAAAUUAGUUAUGAAUAUCCAUUAGAUUUGAUUU